CUAACCUUAGAAAACUAUUUGAGAUACUGAGAGGUUAAGUAUUUGGCUAUCUAUGAUCAUAGAGCUGAUAUUGGAUCAGAAGCAGGUCUUUCUCCCAUGCCAUGUUGUUGCUCAAUAAAUAUUAUAAUUCUUAUCCUCAUUUCACCCAUAAUAUGAAAUCCAACUUUACACUCUCCUUUUUCCCACUAAAAGCACCAUGAGGAUCUCCGCCCUCCUGGGACUGAUAUCCCUGGUCAUCCAGGAGACAGAAGCUUUGCCACCCUGGACGGAGGGAGCGGUGAAGCAGGAAGAACUCCAAGAUGAAGGGACAGCCUACAACAAUCUGGAGCUGGGGAGCUAUGACCCAAAUCUGGAUAAUUAUGACUUUAGCAACUAUGAAGAGCAAGCUAUAAAGAGUGACUAUGGAGACCUGACCCCAAAGACUCAAGUGGGCACUCUGGCCCCUUCAACCAUGAGUGUAUCCACCAAGACUGUGAUGGCCACCAAGGGCCCAAAGACGUGGACUUCAGUCACCAACCCUUCCAUAUCUAGCCUGCUUAACUUGCUGACUGCCAUGGGUUUGCCCACCUGCCUGAUCUGUGUGUGUCUUGGCACCUCUGUGUACUGUGAAGAUGUUGAUCUGGAGCACAUCCCUCCUCUGCCCCAGGAGACAACUUACCUUUAUGCCCGCUUUAAUCAUAUCACUCAUAUCCAGUCAGGAGAUUUCAAAGGGCUAAGAAAACUAAAGCACAUUGACCUCUCAAACAACUGCAUCUCUACCAUUGAAGAUGAUGCUUUCUUAUUACCUGCUCUGCAAGAACUGAUCAUCCCAGAGAACAACCUGGCAUCUCUGCCUAGGCUCCCUGCUAGUCUUGUGAGACUUGAUGCCCAAUUCAACAAGCUCCAAAGCUCAGGAAUCCUACCAGAAAGUUUCAAAGAGCUAAAGAACUUGCAGUUUCUCUACCUGUCGAAUAACAAGCUGGACUACAUCCCUGUGCCCUUGCCCUUGAGCCUGCGUUCUCUACACUUGCAAAACAACCACAUCCAGACGAUUGCUGAAGAUACCUUCUGUGACCCUCAGGACCUAACACACAUCCGAAGGACCCUGGAAGACAUCCGCCUGGACGGCAAUCCCAUCAACCUCAGCUUCUUUCCUAAUGCUUACUUCUGCCUGCCCCGACUCCCCAUAGGCAGUUACACUUGACUCUGAUCUUAGACACAUAGAAUCACUGGGAUUUAGAUCUGAGAGAGGUCUUCUAGCCCAACCCCCUCCAUUUUAUAGAUAAGGAAAUUGAGGUCCAACGGGUUAAAUGAUUUACCCAAAGUAACAAGGUGAAUGAAUAAUGGAACUAGGAAUUUAUAUCUACUCUGACUGCAAAUACAGUUCUUUUUCCACUACUCCGUACUGUCUCAGAGAAGAACAGAACUGGAAUGGAAUGUAAAUAAAGAAUAACAUUAGCCUCCUUGCUCCUGGGAAUGAUUUGAGGCAGCCAGAGACAAAUCUUGGCCCAGGAUCUGAAAAAAAAAUUCAGGGUGAAUUAAUAGAUAUUAGAACAUGGGGAUUUUUGAGAAGCAGGCUGAGGAGAAAGCUUGCUCUCUGGGCUUUGAUCCUUAGUAGCUUCAUCUGUAAAAUAAGGAUAAUGAUGUUUUACUGGGUAUCCCAUCUUAUGACUCUUUUUUCCCCUUUUAAUCUUUAGGACUUAAUUCAUUUAUGUAUACACAAUGAAUAUUCACUAGGUGCUUGUUAUCAAUGAUGGGGACAGUGAUAAGGAUGAAACUUUUCUCCAAACUUCAGUUUCCUCAUUUAAAAUGAAAAUGUUGGACUAGUUGGUCCUUUACCUGAGGAGGUUGUCAUGGUGAAAUUCAAUGGUUCCCAAUAUUAUUUUGUUCCUUAAACCCCUUUCAACAACAACAAAAUGUGUUGUAAAUCCCCAGAGUAAUUAAUAUCCUACUCAUAAUAUUUUUAAACAAUUAUUUACUGCAUACACCAUCUUUAAGGAAUGUUUAGUACAAACCCCUUAGGCCAUCCUGGAAAACCUUCAGAAAAUCUCUAAAUGGGGACCACUGGUAUAAUAGAGGGAGUACUGAAUUUGAAGUCAAAAGACUCCAUACCAGUUCUGCUCUUCUCCGAAGUAAUGCAGAGUAAUGGAAAGAACAUUGUAUUUGUAGUCAGAGUAGUUGAGUUCAAAUUCCUAGUUCCACUAGGCACUUACCUUUUGAUUUUGAACAAGUCAUUUAAUUUCUCUGGGCCUCAGUUUCCCCAUCUGUAAAGUGGAAGGGUUGAGCUAAAAGAUCUUUAAGGCUCCUCUCAGACCCAAAUCUUAAGAUUCUUUGAGUCUACUCUGGGGUCUCCUUCCUAUCCUCCAGAUAGAAACUAUCUUUGGAAACCCUCUGUUCUCUUCACCUGUUUCAUUCUCUUUGGGGGAGGACACAAUAGAAAGAACAUUUCCUUUGGAGUCAGAGAAGCUUGGCUAUAAUCCUGCCUUUACCAGUUAGAACCUGUGUGACCUUGUACAAAUCAACACAUCUUUGGGGACUCAUCUCACUCAUCUGUAAAGUGAAGAGGGUAAAUAAGACUCAACUCAAAACUCAUUUUCUGCAGAAUUCCUUUUCUGCUCCCUCCUCUAGCUACUUGUGCCUUUUUCCCUAAGAGAAAUUUAUAUUUAUUAUACACACUGGGUUAUUUUCAUAUUUGUGUCAUCAUUAGAAUGUGAGCUCUUUUAGGGCAGGAACUGUUUUUACCCCUUUUUGUAUCCCUAACAUUUAGUGCCUAGCAUGUAGUAGGUGCUUAAUAAAUGCUUGUGGAUUGGCUGACUGAGAA